AUGGACCAGCGCACAAGACAGGCUGCUCUUUACUUCCUGAGGAACAUCUCUCUGGAUGGCCAACCACCACAGGGUUUUAGGGAGGGCUUUUUGGGUGCUGAGGCGGGGAGUGAAGUUGCCAUGACGACACACCAGCAGUACAGCAGCAUUACAACUGCAAUAGUCCACAGUUCUGGAGCAGAGGACCAGACUUGGAGUGAUAGUGUACCAACAAGCCUGCCAGUAGAUCAGGAGUCUAUGGACUCUGAAGCACAGGCUGCAUCUGACAUAAGCAGUCUUCUUCAUCGUCAUCCUCCGUCUGAUGCUGCCAUAGGGAGACUCACCCCAGCACCUCAGAGAGAACUUUCUGGCUCCCCCAAAAAGCAAACACAUAGUUCCUCAGACAGCCAGGGCAACGCCUCCCAGGAGUUACAGCGGACAAGGCGCAAAAUCCGGUUUGAGACCCUGCCGGACAUUGAGGAGAAUGCUCCCCUCCGCAGAUUUAAUUCAUCAAGCUUUCCUCGACCAAAAAGCAGUAAAAGGGUCCAUUUCAUAAAAAACCUGCGACAGCAUGACACAAGUGACGGCAGGGAUGUGACACUGGAGAGUGGACAUCAGCAACCAUCUGGAGCUAUGGCCACAAAAGAGAUGGUGAUCGGCCUGGAAGGUGUUGAGCUUGGUACUAAAGGAAAGACAGUUUCAUACACCCAGCUGUUGUAUCCCACUCAUGCCCUGAGCAGACACUGUCCCGUCAAGCAGCAGAGCUCCUCAGGGCCCGUCUACCCUCCUGCUCCCUGUGGUUUCCAUGGUUACCACCCAAUCAAGAGUGUCAGCGCCCACCGUAAGGGGAAGACAGGAGCUGAUAGUAGAGACUGCAGGAACUAUGACCCAAACCUCUUGGAUGAUCCCCUUUGGCCAUGUGGCAAACACAAACGUGUGCUUGUCUUCCGUUCUUACAUGACUACUGUCAUUGAGUAUACCAAACCCAGUGAUCUGAAGAGAGAUAUGAAUAAGACUUUCAGGGAGAAGUUUCCACACAUUCGACUGACCCUCAGCAAAAUCCGGAGUCUGAAGAAAGAGAUCCGUAAGGUGGCUCAAGAGGACUGUGGAUAUGAGGAGCCUACAGUGGCCAUGGCCUUCGUGUACUUUGAAAAGCUGGCCCUCAGAGGCAAGGUGGACAAGCAGAACCGCAAACUCUGUGCGGGUGCCUGCAUCCUCCUGGCUGCCAAGAUGGGCAGUGACCUCAAAAGGUUUGAGGUCAGACAGCUGCUCGAUAGGCUAGAGGAGCGUUUGAGGCUGAGCAGGAGGGAGUUGCUGGCAUUUGAGUUUCCUGUGCUGGUGGCGCUGGAAUUUAACCUGCACCUGCCCGACCAUGAGCUGCUGCCACACUGCAGACGCCUGCUGCAGACCACCUGACCCAGGAAGGAACAUCACACUACCAACCACUACAUAGGCAGGGG